AUGGCGCACGAAAUGAAUCAAGAUGGCGAAGCUGCCACAGACCAGGUUGAACGACCAAGGUCCGCCAACGAAGCCGUGAGAAAGUUAUGGACCAAGAGAACUCUGGGAAUUGCAAUUGGAUGUCUCCUACUCAUGAACUUCUUUAUGAACUUGACAGUCUACACACAAAAUGUCUAUGAGCCGUAUGCGACAAGCCACUUUAAAGCACAUUCUCUACUAGCGACGGGAUCCAUUGUUGCUGGAAUCAUGAGAAUCGUGUCUUAUCCUCUGCUGGCCAAGCUUGCAAACCAUUUCGGACGACCUCAGGGAUUUGCAGGAGGUGCAUUAGCUAUGGCAAUUGGUAACGCAAUGUAUGCAUGCUGCAACAAUGUGGACACGUUCUUGGCUGGAUCAAUCUUUGACGUCCUCGGAGAUUCCGCUUGGAACAUCAUGCAGCAAAUAUUCAUCGCCGACGUCACCAGUCUCGUCAACAGAGGUAUCCUUUUCACUCUACCCGAGUCCCUUACCGCGAUCCCGACUCUUUACGGAGGAACAUACUUAGGGGAGCACAUCCUUCUUAACUCGUCCUGGAGAUGGGGUUUCGGCAUGUGGUCCAUUAUCCUACCCGUUACUGCAAUUCCUACAAUCGGUAUCAUGAUCUGGAUGAACCGUCGUGCAAAGAAAGUGGGUUUGAUCAGCGAAAAGGUAUCUUUCAUGCAUGGUGCCGCUCCUGGACCAGUGGGCAAGAUUAAGCAUGUCGGAUCUCAGUUGGAUCUUAUUGGCGCCCUUCUUCUCGUCGGCGGUCUUGCCAUGACGCUAUUGCCGAUGACUAUAGCUGGCAGAAAUAACACCGAUCGAUGGAGUAGACCUUCUUCCAUCGUCCUCAUCAUAAUUGGUGUUCUGACCUUUGUCGCUUUUCUCGUUUGGGACGGCAAGUUCGCUGCAAACCCAAUCAUUCCCUACCGUACCAUCCGCGAGCACAACGUUGUCAUUGCAUGCGCAUCGGUUGUUAUCAUCGCCAUGUCCGACAGUAUCUACCGACCAUUCCUUUCAAGCUUUCUCCAAGUUGCAGGACACUACUCCCCGGGUGCUGCGACACGAGUUGACAAUGCUCAGCGCGUGGCAUACAACGUCGGUGCCUUAGUAGCUGGUCUGUCGCUCAAGUUCAUCAAGAACACAAAACCGCUGAUUAUGCUUGGAGUCGUUUGUAUCAUCUUGGCUGCUGGACUACCGAUUUACUUGACCAACAUUUCCGGUACACACAUUGCCAGUGAAGCGGCUUUCAUCACUGCUAAAUCACUUCUGGGUGUCGGACGUGGUUUCACUCAAGUACCACUGCAAGUUUCCCUUCAGGCUGUCUUGGAGAACGAACAAGUUGCAAUUGCGACAGCUGUCUACCUUUCGUCUCUCGGUUUUGGCUCCAAUCUUGGCGUCACUGUCAGCGGUGCCAUCUGGAACUCUCUCCUACCACGAAAGCUCAUUGCUUACUUUGACGAAGAAGAAGGUCGCAAAAUCUUCGGUUCAAUUGUUGUCGCUCGUGGAUAUGAAGCUGGCACUGCUGACAGAGACGCUAUUGAUACUUGCUAUCGUCAGACACAGCAAACUCUUGCCAUCGGAUCCGUUUGUGUGUCAGGUCUGCUUCUGUUGAUGCUCUAUCUUGUUCAUAACGUCAAACUUGGAGAGGAAGAUGAGAAGAGAGCAGCAAAGGCUGAUGAGGAACUUGCUUGGGCGAUCAAGCAAAAGGAGACUGAGGGUGAGGGUCCUGUUGAUAUCGAGGCUGGAAACAAGCACUAG